AUGGGGGCCUCCGCGACGCACAGCGAGCUGCUGCUGUUGCUGCUGCUGCUGCUGGCGGCGGCGGCGGCGAAUCAGCUGUGCAGGACGACGCAGCUGCAGGAGGACGCAGUGCUCACGUGCCCGGAAUUAAUCACCAAGUACGGAUAUCCUGUGGAAACACACGAGGUGACCACAGACGACGGUUACAUUCUCACGCUGUUCCGCAUCCCCUAUGGAAGAGACUCUGCCACCAAAACUGCGAAUCCGAAGCCUGCGUACGUGCAGCAUGGGCUGCUGUCGAGCUCUGACGACUGGAUCAUUGCGGGACCUGACAAGGCAUUUGGUUACAUCCUAGCUGAUGCAGGCUACGACGUCUGGCUGGGCAAUGCGAGAGGUAACAAAUGGUCUCGUAGACACGUUUCACUCGAUCCAGAAAAGGCGGCAUUUUGGGAUUUCAGCUGGCACGAGAUGGGAAUUUACGAUUUGCCAGCCGUCAUCGACUAUAUUCUGGCAACAACGGGCACCAAGCAGCUCCAUUACGUGGGCCACUCCAUGGGGACCACUAUGUUCUACGUCAUGGGAUCGGAACGACCAGAGUACAACGCCAAAAUCCGCGGUGCCUUCACAAUGGCUCCUGUGGCCUUCCAAGCCAAUAGCAAAACACCUUUCAUCAAAACUCUUUCUGCGGCUGGAAAGCAGUUAGAGACAAUGUUGCCUGUCUUAAUGGCUCAUUUUCCAUCAGGUGCCUCCACAAAGAAUUUCCUUCACUAUGCACAAAGCAUCAGAUCAGGCAAGUUUAGACAGUAUGACUAUGGAUCCAUUAAAAAUCUCAAGAAGUACGGAUCUCUGAAACCACCAGCGUAUAAUCUCAACAAAAUCACUGCUCCAGUAGCAUUACAUUACGCAGACAACGACUGGUUAGCUGUACCCAAGGACGUGGCCAAGUUGCAUGCGAAACUGCCAAACUUAAUUGGUAAAUUCAGAGUUCCGUUUUCAAAAUUCAAUCACAUGGAUUUUAUCAUUGCCAUAGACGCGAAUGAACUGUUGUAUGAUUUAGUAAUUCGUCUUAUGAAUCGUUAUUGA